AGGUGGUUUUCAGAGGGGUUUUGGGCCAUGAAAGAAUUAAUUGGUUGAAGAAUUUUUUUCUGCUUUUCACAAUAUUUGGUUACUAAGUUUUGUCUUUAGAUUAGUUGGAAUACUUGGCACGCUUGACCGAUGAUGUAUAGAUAUAACGUUUUUAUACUGUAAAGUUGAUCAAAGGCUGCUGUGUUUUUUGAAUGUUUAGUCCUAUGGUUUCUGAGAUAUGGUGUUGCAUAAGAGGUUAGAUUAUGGAUUUAAUGGCUAUCAGGUCCCUCCUAUUCCUCGAGCUACCAGAUCAGCUAGGGGAAGGGGCAAUAUUAGGAAGAAAUCUGAUGGCAAUGAAAUGUGUGCUUUUGACUUGUUGACUACCGUAGCUGGGAAGUUACUGCUGGAAGGAGAAAGCACUCCAAAUUCUACUAACACCGUUAAAGAGGAGGAAGAUACAUCUUUAAAGGAAAAUCUUUAUAAUGAAGGUAUUCGAGAGCGGGGGUUCUUCAUUUCUCCGAUUGUCUCAGAAGCUCCUGUUGUAAAUCAUUGUUUAAGCAAAUCGAAGGAUACGUUAUCUGGACAAGCAUCUGUAAUUACAAGUUCUGAUUGCUCGGAGAAGUUGGAUUCUGCAGAGCGAUUCAUAAAUUGUGAAAGCAAAAAUGAAACCGGGAACUGUUCUACUAAGGUUGAGCAGGAGGCAUCUGGUUUUGGAGAUUUUUCUAAUUGUACAUUAGGCGCUGAAAGUAAAAAGCAAAUGAAAAUUGAUCUGUCAAAUGAUGCAAAGAUUUUCAGUUCACAGUUUCCUGAUCUUUGGGAUAGGAAACCUACAAAUCUUGUUGCUUCGGACAAUACUGUAAAAUUAUCUCUUUCUACGGACCCUGUUCCUUUUGGGUCCUUUCCGGUGAUCCGGAAUGAUGUAAAGUUAACUAACAAAGAUGAUGACGAAAAUUCUUGUGGGUGCGCUCAACCGAGCACCAGAAAUAAGGCCUUCAGGCCAACACCACGUGUAGGAAAUUUUAGGACGAGGAAGUUAAUCGACCUAAAUCCUAAAUUUGAAGAUGCUGAUAGUGAAACAAGGCAUGUGUACAACAGGAAAAAUGACUACAAGAGCGAAAGGUCUCAGAGAGAUUUUCCUUUCAAGAAAAGAAAGCUCUAUUAUUGUAACUCGUUUUCUGAUUCUGAUGGAGGGAGUAGUGAUAGAAUAUGUAGUUCUCCAACAAAAGACAUAAAUAGAGAUGCCGCCGGUUAUAGUCUAGCAUCUUCAGGAGCCCGUGCAGCAGUUGGGACAUCAAUCUCCAGAGGCGCUCGUACAUCUAGUGAUUCCCAUGUGAAGCUCAAGAUCAAAUCUUUCAGAGUUCCUGAGCUUUUUGUUGAGAUUCCAGAAAAUGCAACUGUUGGUUCUUUAAAGAGGACCGUAAUGGAAGCAGUGACUGCAAUACUUGGUGGUGGGCUGCACAUUGGUGUAGUUUUUCAGGGUAAGAAGGUUAGAGAUGACAACAAGACCUUAUUGCAGGCUGGAAUUUCACAUGAUGACAAACUUGAUGCUUUGGGUUUUACCCUGGAGCCUAAUCCCUCUCGAGCUUCCUCAACUUCAGGUCCAGAAAGCCGUUCGCGUGUACUUCCUUGUGACACACUUCAACCACUAACCAGGGGCCCGCCUACUCCUACUGUAAUUUGUAAUGGCAUACGACGGGGAACAUAUAGUGCCUUCUCAGAUCAUCCAGAACCAAAUCUGAAUAACUUCAUUGAAAGCGAUCAUGAUUCAGCUCCAUCCCCUCCUGAUGCCUCACUGGAGAAAGAUGCUGCAGAUUCAAGAGCAUUGGUUCCGGUUGCUGCAGUGAAUGCAGAAGCUUUGGCCGUAGUUCCAAUGCGAAAGCACAAGCGAUCUGAAACCGCACAACGUCGAAUCCGCAGACCGUUUUCUGUUUAUGAAGUGGAAGCACUUGUUCAAGCUGUUGAGAAGCUUGGAACUGGAAGGUGGCGUGAUGUCAAAAUGCGAGCUUUUGAUAAUGCCAAACACAGAACCUAUGUCGAUUUAAAGGACAAAUGGAAAACAUUGGUGCACACAGCAAGAAUAUCUCCUCAACAAAGGAGAGGUGAGCCUGUGCCUCAGGAACUCCUUGAUAGGGUCCUCAUUGCUCAUGGUUACUGGUCCCAAAAACAAGCUAAGCAACAUAUGAAACAUCAAUCCGAGACGCGUCUUUUGCUUUAAAGAAGGUUGUAAAGGAUAAACUGGCUGCAGAAACUGGAGAAAUAUAAGUAAUUAAGUAGAUGGGGUUUGGAGAAUUUUUUUGAUUUGUUAAUAAUAAUAUUUUGUAAGUGUAAAGGUUAUAACCAGGAAGUAAAUUAGUUAAAUUACAUUUAGCAAGGAAGUUGGGGUUGGCACUUGUACCUGUUUGAAAAUAAAGUGCUCGCUAACACAAAUUUUGGUAUGGGGGUUUUGUAAUUUUGCUUAAAUUGUUGUUUUUUUUUUUAACAAGAUAUUCUUAUCUUGGCAAUUGUAGUUUAUUGUUCAAUUUGUGUAAUAGAAAGGGAGAAAAUUGAUCUA